AUGGCGCGACUGUUAUUCAUUGUUACAUGUUCACUUUUGUGCAACAUACUGAAUAUUUCGGCAGUUCAACCGUUUGAUGUAACAAAUAUUGGUGAACUUAAUUCGGACAAUGUGAAUUAUCGAUUGCCAAAUAAUACAAUACCAGAAGUGUAUAAAGUAUACAUUUCCACUGAUGUGGCCAAUAAAAAUUUUGGUUUUUCGGGUAUGGUUAAUAUCUCAGUGAAGACGCUUAAUGCGACCAACACAAUUAUUGUGCAUCAACGACAGCUGAACAUAGUUUCGGCCGAAUUAAUGGCCGAAGGUGGUCAAUAUAUAUCAAUUGUUCCCCCACACUACGAUCCAGUUACAGAGUUUCUAACCAUCAAAACGGUCAACUAUACACUUUUUGAAGGUAUGAGAGUAUUUCUUUCCAUAAAAUAUAAUGGAACUCUGCAACAAUCACCUUCUGGAUUUUAUCGUACAUCAUAUUAUGAUUCAAAUGGCAAAGAAAGAUGGCUGGCUACAACACAUUUUGAACCAACGUAUGCUCGACAUGCAUUCCCGUGUAUGGACGAACCCGCUAUGAAAGCUACUUUUGAGAUUUCAAUUGAACAUAACUCUGCAUAUACGGCCAUUUCGAAUAUGCCACAGGCCAAUCAAGUCAUAAUGGGAUCGCGUACAAUUUCUCACUUUUGCAAAACACCAUUGAUGUCUACUUAUUUAAUAGCAUUUGUCGUUUCGAAUUUCGCAUUUAAAGAACAAUUGGAUCAUAAUGGCUUAAAACAUCGUGUAUUCGUAAAACCAAUUGAAAUUGAAAACGCAUAUUUUUCCGUUAAUGAAAGCGCAAAAAUACUGAACGCAUUUAGUGAUUACUUGCAAGUUAACUAUUCUUUACCGAAAAUGGAUCAAAUCGCAAUACCACAACUUUAUUUUGGAGCUAUGGAGAACUGGGGAUUAGUCACAUACCUGGAAAAAUAUAUAUUAUAUAAUGAAUAUAAUUAUUCGUAUAACAGAAAAUUCAACGUUGUCAAUUUGAUAGCACAUGAAUAUUCUCAUCAAUGGUUCGGUAACCUAGUUUCACCAAAUUUUUGGAAUUUUAUAUGGUUAAACGAAGGUUUCGCUACUCUUUUCGAAAACAUUGGCACUGAUUUGGUUCAUCCGGAAUUUCAUAGUUUUGACAGUUUUGUGACUUUCGAUUUGCAAAGUGUUUUUAAAGUUGAUGACAAAAUUGAUGGAACACAUCCAAUGACAUACUAUGUUGAAGAUCCAAAAGCAGUUGCAGAGCUAUUUGAUCGCAUUACAUACCAAAAAUCUGGAUCGGUUCUUCGGAUGUUUAUGCAUGCUUUAGGUGAACAGAGUUUCAAAAAGGGACUUAACUACUACCUAAAUAAGAAAUCUUUCCAAACAGCCAUUGAUAAAGAUCUAUUCGAGAGUUUGGAUCGUGCUGCUAAAGAGGACAAUACCUUGGACAAACAUUUAAAUGUAACAGAUAUUUUUGGUUCGUGGUCCAAUCAAGCUGGAUUUCCAUUGCUCAUUGUCAAACGAAACUAUGAAAGUGACUCUAUAGAAAUUUCACAAGAAAGAUAUUUGGAAAAAUAUCCAUGUCCAGAAGCAAAUUUUACUACUUGGUAUAUUCCAUAUAAUUUUGAUACAUCCAAUAAUGUCAACGUCAAUGACACAUCUGUAGAUGGUUGGUUACCGAAAGGCGUUAAAUCGAUGGUUAUUAAUCCAAACAAAAAACAUAAUUGGACCAAUGGAGAUUGGGUGUUGUUCAAUAAGCAACAAACUGGAUUUUAUCGUGUUUUGUACGAUGAAAGAAACUAUAAAUUGAUAAUGAAUGAAUUGAAAUCCGGCGAUAUCAAUAAAAUCCAUCCAAUUAGCCGAGCACAAUUACUUGAUGAUUUAAGUGAUUUUGUUUUUACCAAACGAUUACCGGUAACCAUGUACUUUGAUCUAAUUCAAUACUUGAAACAUGAAACUGAAUUUGCUCCAUGGUCGUCGGCAAUGCGAUCUCUGUUCAAAAUAAAGCAUAUAUUGGUUGAAGGAAGUAAAGCAUACGAAAAGUUUAGAACAUUUGUUGCUGAUGUUGUUGAACCAUUCUAUGAACACCAUGCAUUAGUCGAUGCCAAUGAAAAUGAACCAUUUGACAAAAAUCUAAUACGAGAAAUUGCAGUUAAAUUAGCUUGUGAAUUUAAGAUUGAAUCAUGUUUACGCGAUUCGAAGCAACUGCUCGAGACGGCCAUUGACAGUGGAUAUUUUGCAUCGAAAAAUACUCGUGGUCUCAUUUAUUUAUACGGUAUUCGUGAUGCAAACGCUAGUUUUAUUGAUUUGAUUCGGAAACGGUUAAAUUCAACAAAUGACGAAGAACACGAAGAAAUUUGGCAAAGUCUUAAAAAUCUCAACAGUAAAGCUAUAAAUUUCUUGUCAUUACUUAACGGGCUUUCAACAAGAAGCCAAUAUAAAGAUUUGCAAGCAUUUAAAUUGUUCAAAGACGAUUUUAGCAAGGGAUGCGUAUUGGAAAAACAUCAUGAUUUGUACAAGACGCUUCUCACAUUGUCUAGGAAUGUUUACAACAACUAUACCAAAAAGCAGUUCCUUUCCAUUCUAACAACGAUGAAAAAUGGAAAGUGUUUAAAUGAAGAGCAGAGCAAACGUAUCAUUGACGAAACGAACAGAGCAUUGGAAACAUCGAAAUCCAUUCGAAAACUUAUUAUGGCAAAUGUCACUGCAAUAUUUGAGGCUAAACAUCGCAACUUUUGACCAUUUAACGUAUCAAAUAUUGGCUUAAUUCAAUGCAAAGCUGCAAAAUUCAUAGGUACACAAAAUAUAUGGAAUUCAAAAACCCCUAUAAAUGCCACACAAUUAAACAUCCUAUGUGCGAAAAUUCAAACUUCAAAAAAAGGGGAAACAAAAU